AUGUCGUUGUUAUUGUCUGGGUUUGCCCGCGCAGGGGCCCCCCUGAAAGCUGCAAAGACCCUGGGGGCCCUUGGGGCCUCUGUGAGGCCCUUCGGGAGCUACCAGGGCCAGAAAGUGACUUCUGAUCAGCUGCUGAAGAAGAACGACGAGUGGCUCAUCGAGGAAACCAACUUCUGCCUUGGACGCGUGGUUCCGGUGCGUUUCAAAGAAACCGACGACCUCGCGCACCGCGUGCUGCACCUCAUGGACGCGCAGCUGGGCAAAAUGCACACGAGGCUCCGCGACGGGACUUGCAUUCCCGUGAUGGGCCUUUACAUUCCCUGCAUCAUGGACAAACCCACGCCCCUCCACCAGUGCCUCGAAACGCCGCUUUUGAAGUACACCUGGGACGAGACGUACACUGAGGCGUUUGACAACUGA